GGCGUUUAUUUCAAACGUUAGGAGGUGAACUUUAAUUUGAUUCCGACUCCAGAAGAAACGUCGUAUAAUAAAUAUUCCGAAAUAUAAGAAAACAAAAGACAAAGUAGUCUAAGCAAGAAAAUAUGACAAAGAUUCCUUUGAGUGAUACAGAAUUUGAACAUUUAAGAGCCAAAAUCAUAUCAGAAACAACAAGUGCUUCAGAUAAAUUUGAUAAACUGUAUUAUUCGAAAGGAUACUUUACAGCACGACAGGCUGCUGCUAUUUUAGCUUCUUAUAAAACAGCUCCGGAAAGAGUUCAGGUAUUAAAAGCUUUACAAAAAAGAUUAUGCCGUAUGACGUGUGCUGAAGCAACUGAAAUAUUAAAUGUUUUACAAUCAAGCAAUUAUGAUCGAUUGUUUGCAUUAGAUUGCAUCAAACAUACGUUAGUUGAUCAUGAAACAACUGAAGGCAGUCAACACAUUUUGAACAGUUUUAUUUACGAAAUUGACCGAUUGAAAGCAUUGCAAAUAUUAUCAACUGUUAGUAUGUAUGUUAAAAAAGAGUUGGCCAGUGGUGGGCACCAAGUCUAUGCACCGGUUGGUGGUCUUUAUUGUCAAAGCUUCCCAGGACGUGAAGCAUUGUAUGGACCGAUUAGUGAACAACUGGCUUUAAAAGAUCAUUUAGUCAAGCCUUCCCUUCCAGUGACAGUGAAUAUACAUCCAUCAAUGUCGAUUUUUCAUUCAGCACCAUCAUACAAAUAUAUUGGCGAUUUCAAUCGUUCAUGGUAUCCCGGUGGAGGUAAACCACCUUUACCGCCACCAAUGGAAGAUCAUGUUAAAAGUGGUCCACCAAAACAACUUGAUGAAAGUGAACUAGGUUUUCUCGACAACUCACUAAUCUCACAUAAUCAAACUUCUCAUAAUACUGAUAAUACUGCAUGUUUAUCUCUGAACCAGAUUGAAGCCGGGCAGAAUAAGUCGUCAUCCACUUGUAGCCAGACAGGAACUGAUUGUUAUGCAUAAUAUUGCUUUACCUAUUCCUUGUCUUCACUGUAACCCUAACCAAAGAGACGAACAUUUUUAAAAGUGUGAAAAAUUAGAAAAACGCAAUUUUACAAGUUUAAUUGAACGCCUUUCAUCUGGAAGAACAAUAUACAAUAUAUACGAUUAAAUAGUAAUGUCCAAUCAAUACUUCGCUGUUGCGGAAGAACCAUGAAAAAAUAUAAAAAUGGUGAAUAUUAUAUUUUCAAAUCUUUGUGUUUGUUAGUUAGCUGUC